CUGGCAUUUUGGACAGACUACAGAAUGUUUUUGGCUUUGCAUUAGGUCAGCGGUUAGCCUUCUUCCGUCUCUCUCUCUCUCUCUCUCUCUCUCUCUCCCCUCAUCUUCUGUUUUAAGACAUUCAUUCAUUCGAUUCGCAAUUUCCCAUUUCAUUUGAUUAUCCGUUGACUUAAAACAUUUCACUCUUAUUCUCCUACGGUUUUGCAAAUUUUGAAGAAUCACAAACUGUACAUUGUGGUUUUCGUUCUUCUUUGUGUUUGAUUUAAAAGCACUAACUUUGUUUACAUUUGGGUUUAUUGGUGUCAUCUUAGUAUUUGAUCAAACACCCAUUUUUUAGAUUUCCCAAAAUAUGAUUCUAAAGCAAGUUAAUUUCUUUUCAUUUCGGUUUGAAGCAAGGUUUUUUUAGUGGGCACUGAGAAGAUCUAGAAUUUCAGUCUCAUUCUCAUAUGGUUUUGUAAAUUUUGAUGAACACAAUAUUGUUUUGAUUUCAUCUUUGCGUUUGAUCAAACACCCAUUUUAUAAAUUUUCCCAAAUUUAAUUUAAAGCAAGUUAGUUUAUUUACAUUUGGUAUAAAGCAAAACUCUCAGUGGGUAUUGAGAAGAUCUAGGGUUUGAAAUGAGUGCAUCUAGGUUCAUCAAAUGCGUGACAGUUGGUGAUGGUGCUGUGGGUAAAACUUGUAUGCUUAUUUCCUACACCAGUAACACUUUUCCUACAGACUAUGUGCCUACAGUUUUCGAUAACUUCAGUGCUAAUGUCAUGGUUGAUGGGAACACCGUCAACCUAGGCUUGUGGGAUACCGCAGGUCAAGAAGACUAUAAUAGAUUGAGACCUUUAAGCUACCGUGGAGCAGAUGUGUUUAUCUUAGCCUUUUCAUUGAUUAGCAAGGCUAGUUAUGAAAAUGUUGCUAAAAAGUGGAUUCCGGAGUUGAGGCACUAUGCACCUGGUGUUCCAAUAAUUCUCGUUGGUACAAAAUUAGAUCUUCGGGAUGACAAGCAAUUUUUCAUUGAUCAUCCUGGUGCAGUUCCUAUCUCGACUCAACAAGGAGAGGAGCUGAAGAGAGUCAUUGGCGCUCCAUACUACAUAGAGUGCAGUUCAAAAACUCAACAGAAUGUGAAGGCAGUUUUCGAUGCAGCCAUUAAGGUCGUCCUCCAGCCGCCAAAGACGAAAAAAAAGAAAAAGAAGGCAAAAGGGUGUUAUAUUUUGUGAUUUGGCAAAGUUAGAAGGUCAAUCACCAAAAUUCGUUGAGUUGUAUACUACUUAUCCCUAAUUAAUUUCAUUGUCGUCAUGUGUUUGCGUUUUACUCGAUAUUUUGUGCUCUCCAGAUAAAACAUUACAUUAGUCUCUUGGUAUAUAGCCUUCCCUUAAGUUCUGACUGACACACAGAUACUCAUCCUGCAAAGACUUUCUACUAGUUUGUACUCCACUUUGUCUUCUUUGGAAGUUGUCUUCCCCAAUGAGAUCUUUUUUAUGUACUGUUUACUAGGUGAUCAACUGAUUAUUGGCUUACCCAAUGCCAUGGUGUGACUUCCAA